UUUUUUAUUUUUUUUUUUUAUAUUAUUAUUAUUUAUGAUGAAUAUUGAUACACCACUUACUCCACCAGCUGAUCAACAUGAUGAUGAUCAUGAAAUACAUAAACCUUCAGUAAAAUUUGAUUUAUCUAAUUUACCAACUAUGAAUAAAGAUCAAAAACAACAAGAACAAGCGCCACCAUCCCCUUGUAUUGAUAUAUGCGCUCAUAUGGUACCGUCUACUAUUCUAGUAGCAUUAUUGGACCGUGAACAAGAAAUGCGGGGACUUGUACGACAUAACAUGCCUUUCUUUGAAACUUUACAAUUACAUCUUGGACCUACACAAUGGCCUUUAUUUGAAGAUAUUCUCUAUCGAGAUCGACAACAACUCUCUGAUAAAGAAUGGAUGUCAAGGAUUGAACAAUUUUUAAAUCAAGUACCCUCAUUAUUAGGUACAUUCAAAGAAUUGGUUGGUUAUGUGGAUGAUUCAAAUGAUCAAGAAAGAAACACAACAGCUGGUCUAUCUAUUACUGGGGUACCUAAUGUGGAUUUAUGUCAUAUUCGUCAAUACCCUGAUCGAUUAAAGGAUCUUCAUUCAUCUUAUCCUCAAUUCUUUAUCAACUGCCAGCAGGUUCUGUCAGAAGAUGAUUAUACUCAAAUGGAAAAUGUCUUAUUUGCUUCAAAAUCGGAACUCUCGGAUGGUCGUUGGAAAUCUCUUAUCAAGAAACUUUUGUCACCUCAUCAAAAUCUUAUGGAUCAAUUGAAGGAAAUCAUUGCUUAUGAAAUCGACGAUGAUUGAUUGAUCAUCAUUCUCUCUUUUUUUUUUUUUAUUAUUAUUAUUAUUUU